UGGUCGCUGGUUAGAGGGAGCUUGGGGCGGCUGUGGGAGGCUGCUGCAUUCUCGGGGACCGUCUUCGGUGAUACGCAAUUAGCCAUGGCAGAACCGCAGCUCGCGUCCAGCGGCCUCACCGACGAGGCUGCCCUCGCCUGCUGCUCCGACCCGGACCCCAGCACCAAGGAUUUUCUUUUUCAGCAGACCAUGUUGCGAAUUAAGGAUCCUAAGAAGUCAUUGGAUUUUUAUACUAGAAUUCUUGGAAUGACGCUACUCCAAAAAUUAGAUUUUCCCACUAUGAAAUUUUCACUCUAUUUCUUGGCUUAUGAGGAUAAAAAUGACAUCCCAAAAGAUAAAAGUGAAAAAGCAGCAUGGGCAUUCUCCAGAAAAGCUACGCUUGAACUGACACACAAUUGGGGCACUGAAGACGAUGAGAGCCAGAGUUACCACAGUGGCAAUUCAGACCCUCGGGGAUUUGGUCACAUUGGAAUCGCUGUUCCUGAUGUUCACGGUGCUUGUAAAAGAUUUGAAGAACUAGGAGUCAAAUUUGUGAAGAAACCUGAUGAUGGUAAAAUGAAAGGCUUGGCAUUUAUUCAAGAUCCUGAUGGCUACUGGAUUGAAAUUUUGAAUCCUAACAAUAUGAUAACUAUUAUUUAGUUCUAUGAGAAUACUGCUUUGAGAUUUCAGUGGAGACAUUGUGGAAGGUAAAAAGGAAACAGUGUGAUUCAAGAUAUUCAGAUAACAGAAGCAUUUAAGACUAGAUGGAUCGUGGUCCCAAUUCACAUUAUUCUUAAGCCCAUUUCCCUUUCCCAUUUCAGCUAUGUUUUUCACCUAACUGUUCAGUCAUUCUGGUUUUAUAGCAGUGCUUUGUCCUAUGUCCUUGAAUAUAAUUGUAUAACUUUACUUUUUAAGGCAAUAAUUAGAACAAUUCCCUUCAGAGGCUGCAUUUGCUUUCUUUCUCCUAAAAAAGAUACAAGUCUACAAAUCUGCCUUUGAAUCAUCAUUUUCAAAAAAAAACCCAUAUAACAUGUUUUUUCUCUGGUUACCUUCUGGGGUUUCAGUUCCUCAGAAGUAACUUUUCACAAUGGAAAGUAAAGAACACUGAGCAAAAAUGAAAUUUCAUGUAUAUUUCAAGUAGUAUAAAGUUUAUAAAGGAAAUUACUCUUGGGAGAAAUUCAGAAUCAUGCUGACAAGGAUGCUGAUAGAAAAACGAAUUUCUUCUUUACAAAGUCCUCUCAAAGUUUAAGGUCUAACCUCUUUAUUUUGGGUGGGGAGGAGGAUGGGAAUAUUAUAUACUAGGUAUGCAGAAGCUGGGCUAGGGUGUCACAUACUCUAUCUCGCUUAAUCCUCCCCAGUAUCCUGUGAGAUAGAAAGCAGGCUAGGUAUGCAAAAUAACUUGAUUGGAUCCAAGGUAGUGUAAACAGACUCAAGUACUCAACGAUUUCAUCAUCAUUCUUAGUAUUUAGAUUGUACCUCAAAUGUUAGUGCCUCACCAUACCUCCUCCAUAGUCUUCUUUGUAAAAACCUUCAGUGAGUUUAAGUGUUGUCGUCUCAGCUUUUGAGCCUGAGCACCACAGUGAGCGAAGAAGCAAUGGAGGAAGUCAGGAGCACACGAGUGCUCUGGGGAUGCUCGGUUGUUCCUGUACAAGUAGUGCUUAUGUUGCGAAGAGCCCCUACCCCAAGGUCUUCCAGAUCCCAGUAAUCAUUUAGGAUCAGUUAUGUUCAGUGAUAACAUAACUGAUUAUCAAAAAUCGGCUCAGUCGUCUUCCCUCCCAUGAAUGGCAUUUGAUGGGUUUUAAAAACCAAACUGAUUUUGAAAAUCUCUUAUGGCCCAAGUAAUAAGAACAUCCAGUUUGUGGUUUAAUUACAUUUAGAUUUUCCAGACUCCAGUGGAAGACCUUUGGAUAGGCCAUGCCAAUUGUGCUUACACUGAUAGCACACAGCAGCACUUUGCAUUUCCUUUUUGGAUGGAAUGGAUUUCUGUGAGCAAUUCAAACAAAUAGCAGUACUUAUAAACUGAAAUAAAAUCAAAUUUUAGGUAA